UAUAGUUCAACGGAAUCGAUUCCUUUCGAUCGCCGAAGAAUCGCUUCCUCCCGCGCGUGACGUCACUCGCUUAACUGACACGAACAAAACAAAACAAAAAAAAUGGCGGCGCUUCGCUGUUCUGUGUCGGCGUUCAGAACGUUAAGGGUGGCGACCAGAAUGAUGGGAGUCGCUCAACAAACAGUCCGCUCUCUCUUCGUCCAGACCCAGGAGACCCCAAACCCCAACAGCAUCAAGUUCCUCCCCGGGCGAACCAUUCUCGAGACCGGGACUAUGGACUUUCCCUCUCAGCGGGAGGCCCACCGCUCCCCCCUCGCCAGGCAGUUGUUCAGAGUUGAAGGAGUCAAGAGUGUUUUUCUAGGACCGGAUUUCAUCACCAUCACCAAGGUGGAGGAGGAUUCCUGGAAGCUUCUGAAGCCCGAGGUCUUCGCGGCCAUCAUGGACUUCCUGUCGUCGGGGCUGCCCGUGGUCACCAUGGCAACCGCCGCCGCCGCCGCCACCCCCCAGGUGGGCGAGGGGGCGGCGGCUGGGGGCGAGGAUUGGGGAGAGGACGAGGAGGUGGUGGCACUUAUCAAGGAGCUGCUUGACUCGCGAAUACGGUGAGCCCUGAGCGGUGAGGGUGU